UUGUAAUUUUGGAUAGUUGUUGUUAAAUAGUUUUUAACUUUGCAAUUUUUUUCUAGGAUAUCUUUUUAUUUAUUUAUGUUUAUUUUGUUAUCCGAAUUCUGUUUGUAUUUACCGGACACUUUGUUAUCUAUAAUUUGUUUAGAUUAGCAAUUUGUUAUCUCUUAAACAAACAAAUAGUUUCAUCUUUCAUGAAAAAAUAGAUCUUUAAUACAUAAUUGGAGUUGUUAUGUAUUCAAUUUAUCCAAAAUUUGUAACUAUCUAAUUUUUGUAAUCAAGAAAUGCUAUAAUAGUAAGCUUAAAUAAAAUUAGGAAUCUUUUCUAUCAAAUACCUAUUAAAUUUCUGAAAAAAACCACCGGUGAAAGUUUUUCACUAUGAGAAAGUACACAAAAAGUGUAUUGUCAGUACUUUUACUUGUGCAAUAUGCCUUACUUGGUAAUACACAAGUUGUCCCUCAAAAAUGGAGUGCGAAAUUUACUCCUGGGGAACUUGAAGUUGACAUGGAUACAAACACUCAGGUGCUCCUAGAACUAUUCGAUGUCAAUGUAAAACAAACUUCCAGAAUCCAAGUUCAAAGCGAAAACCUGAACUUGGCUCAAACUGAAACUCUGAUUAAAAUUAAUGAAAUCAAUCCCACAACUGGUUACUGGACUGGUAACAUCACUGUCAAGGCGCUAUUCCUUGGUCAAACGAGACUUUUUGUUGAACUUACCACGACUGACAAUGAAAUACAAACUUCUAGCCCCGAAUUGACUGUGACAAUCGUACGAGCACUUCGUCCCAUUGAUAUUGCAUUUACCGUCUCCGUGGCUCUGCUAGUAUCACUGCUCUAUAUCAACUUUGGUGCAGCUUUGGACUUAAGUGUUCUCUCGGGUCUCCUGAGACGACCAGUUGGUCCAACUAUUGGAUUCUUCACACAAUUCAUUAUAAUGCCUCUACUAAGCUUCGGUCUGGGUUGCUUGCUAUUUCCCGAUUCGGUGGAAAUGCAACUGGGACUGUUCUUCACUGGAGUCUCACCGAGUGGUGGAGCUUCUAACAUUUGGACGGUUCUACUAGGUGGCAAUAUAAAUCUAUCAGUUCUUAUGACUACUAUAAGUAAUAUCGCUGCCUUUGGAAUGAUGCCAUUGUGGAUAUUCACCUUGGGACAUGUCAUCUUCAAUCGUGGCAAGUUAGGUGUUCCAUAUGGCAAGAUAGCAACGUUUGCAGUAUCACUAAUUGUGCCUUUAGCAAUUGGCGUGACUAUUCAAAAGUGUUCUCCCAGAAUAACACGAGUUCUGGUUCGUUUGCUGAAACCGAUUUCUACAAUGUUGAUACUUUUUAUAAUCGUUUUUGCAAUUGUUACCAAUUUGUAUUUAUUCAAGUUAUUUUCUUGGAAGAUAAUUAUAGCUGGUUUAGGACUACCUUGGUUGGGAUAUGGACUAAGUUGGAUUGUAGCAAAAUUGAUGAAACAAACACAACCCGAUGCACUGACUAUCGCCAUUGAAACUGGCAUCCAAAAUACUGGAAUUGCUAUUUUCCUUUUGCGUUUCAGUUUACCACAACCGCAGGCCGAUUUGACUACAGUCAUACCAGUUUCAGUGGCUAUUAUGACACCGUUCCCACUGUUGGCUUUGUAUUUGUGUAAGAAAUUUAAUGAUCGUCGUUCGACGGCAACUACUGGUGAAUCUCAAAGUAUCAUUUAAUAGUUUCUAUUGCAAUAAGAAGAUAACGAUGGGGUUACACAAAAAGUGUCAAUAUAUUCGAUGGUGUUGCAUAGAAAAGGAGAUUAGCCCUUCUUGAUCAAAACCAUCGAGCAGAUUGGUCCUUUUUGCGCACACACUCGAUAUAUAUUUUAAUCUCAUUUAAUUAUGUUUGUACAGGUAAGGGAUUAAUUUUAAAAUAAUCUUUGUAAAUAUUGUCGGUGCUACAUCAAAGUCACCUAAGCCCAAAAGCAUUAUGAUUCUUUAAUUCUUAAGUGAUUAGCUUUGUACCGAUGAUAAGUUACAAGAGGCAUAAUAUUCUCGAUUUUGUUUUUAUUUUACUCAACUUUUUGUUAAGUAAAAAUAGAAUAAGGCAUAUUUUUUACAUUGGCUUUAAUAGGUUGUAUAAAUAAAACUUUUCAUUUGUAUAAAACA